AUGUUAAAGUCGAAGAAGGUCCUGAUCUCUGGAGGCACCGGUUUUGUCGGCUCCGCUACAGUACGUGCCCUUGCUGCAAGGCACCCUGGCUGCGCCAUCACCGUCAUUGAUCGGAGUCCGCCCCGGGCAGAACAUAUUCUCCCAAAGACGAUUCAAUGUAUGCAAGUUGAUGUCACGUCUGCUGCAGAAGUGGACAGGGCUAUUCAAACCGUUAAGCCCGAUAUCAUUAUUCAUACUGCGGGCAUUGUACCGUCUGUAGUAGACCGUUUUAGCCGGAGGUUGGAGCGUGAGGUGUGGAAAACCAAUGUCGAGGGCACCCGGAACAUGCUAAACGCAGCAUUGGAAAGUGAUGUCGAGGCUUUCAUUUACACCAGCUCUUGUUGUGUGGUGACAGACGAUUUGAGCACGCCCUAUUGCAAUAUCGAUGAAGAGUGGCCGACGUCUCAUACAUCCCUCAUCUAUGGUGAAUCUAAGGUUGCUGCAGCGGAGGCCCUGGUUCUCGAGGCAGAUAGCAGCCAAAUGGCCACCUGCUCACUCCGCCCCUCGGUUCUGUGCGGGGAAGGAGACUAUCAGCUGGUCCCUGCCCUCCACGCUUGCAUUGCCAAGUACCAAACGCCCUUUAUCAUCGGAGAUGGGCAGAACUUGUGGGAUGUUACCCAUGUGAGAAAUGUUGCCGACGCCCAUAUCCUGGCCAUAGAGAACCUGAUGACCUCGCGCACGGCUUCAGGCGAGGCAUUCUUCAUUCAGAAUAAUGAACCGAUCACUUUUCGUGAUUUCUGCCUUGCUAUCUGGUCUCAUUUCGGGCAUAACCCACCUUUCGAAAUUCGAAUCCCUGGAAAACUGGCCUACGUUGUAGGUUUUCUGUGCGAGAUGGUAGCCUGGGUGACAGACACCCACGCCACCUUAAGUCGGGGAAGCGUUCGAGAUGCGUGCGCCGUUAGAUACGCUAGUGGAGAAAAAGCCAAGGCAAUCCUGGGAUACGAGGCUCGGAUUGGGAUGGAGGACGCGAUUCGUUUGAGCUGUGAGGUAAGCAAGACAGAACAAAGGUAA